CAACAAGUGACACAAUUUGGGUUGGGGUAAAGCGGCCGGCGCUUUCGGGCGGUGUACACGUUUCGUUAGCUUCUCUAUUUUAAAAACUACUUGCUUGACGAUAUCCGGGAAGGGACCGACCGCAUCACCGCGGCGUCGACUCCACACCACUGUCACUCAUUUUCGAUGCAGUCGACCUGCGUACGCGUCGUUGGUCGCUUCGCGCGCACGCGCGUCCGCCUUUAUGCACUUAACACAUUUUUAUAGUUAAAAGUUUUAAACGUGCAGAGGUAAAUGAACUUAUUAUAAACAAAGUGCCUUUUUCAAUCAGAGGAUGUAUGUUACGAAGAGGUGAUAUUUGUGGUGCCAGUUGAUAAUUUAUAGUUACCAUGAGCGGGAGGGAAGGCGGAAAUGCAGUUCCCUCUUCAAGUGCAGCGGGCGCGAGCGGCAGCGGAGUCACAGGGGUGACGCGCCGCGGACGAUGUAAGUGGUUCAACGUCGCGAAGGGCUGGGGGUUCAUUACCCCUGACGAUGGCGGCCAAGAUGUUUUUGUACACCAGAGCGUGAUCCAGAUGCCAGGCUUUCGAUCACUGGGCGACGAAGAAGAGGUUGAGUUCGAGUGCAAGGAGUCAGACAAGGGGUUGGAGGCGACACGUGUCUCCGGGCCCUCGUCCGUGGACUGCCAGGGAUCACACCGACGCCCGCUCUCCAAGAAACGGUUCAGAAAGAUACGUUGCUACAACUGUGGCGAGUUCGCUAACCACAUAGCUGCUAAGUGCAGCAUCGGCCCACAACCAAAGAGAUGUCACAACUGCAAGAGUGAGGAUCACCUCAUUGCCGAUUGCCCAGUAAAGGUGGAAAAGAAGAAGGACGAAGGCAAGAGUAGUUCAAGCAGCUCCCAGGGCGGGCAGCAGGACAGCCCGCCGCACGCGUAACUCCAUCACGUACUAUAUUCCAGCACCCGGCGAAACUUGGACACUUUCUAACGGCAUUUCUUCGCUCUUACUUUAACUAUGUUAUGACGUUUCGACAACUUUAGACAAAGCUUAUUUCCGUCUAGAUAUUCCAUUCCAAAUUGAAAGGACCCAAUGGAAUUACCAGGUUUUACUUCAAAAUAUUUUCAAGCGACCACCAUCAUCAUAAUGUUAACAUUAUAAGGACACAUCUACCUCACUAUAGUUACAGAUAAACUAUACAAAUAAGUACAAGACUGAUUGGUACAAAUCCAUAAUUCUAGUACAAACUAUACAAUAUUUACUUUUUAAAUAAUAAUUUUAAUGAUAGUAAUUUUACAAUCUAAGUUUGCAAACGUAACGUAAGUACAAAUUUUAUGUGUUCGAGUGACCUUAAUUCUUUUACGUAUAUAUUGGUGUUUAUCCAAAGUUAAGUGUGUGUUUAUUUUAUUAUUACUUUGUUGCUUUAUUAUAUUAUGACCAACUUUAUGUUAAUUCUAGCUCAUAAUUAAGAAAACGACAAGUUAGAAGUAUUACAACUGGCUAUGAAAUAACAUAAAAUUGUAAGGGUCUUACAUACGCUUAACUCGGUGAAGAAGUAAUAACUUGAUACCUACUAAAAUCAAAACAAAUAGUAACAUUUAAGUAUAAAAUCCUGCAUUGUAAUGUAGAGUACAAAACCUUCAAGGUAAGAGUAGAGCCCGCAUAUACAUACGCUGCAAAAUAGAAUUUAAUGUAAGCCCUUAAAUAUUAUAUUAGAUGGUUAGCUUAGGCGAGAAAAUAAAUAUCAAUUUGUUUGUAUAUUUUUUCAGAUAAAUACAAUGUAAACGUUGAAGUUAAUGUGCCAAAGUCAAAUUAACAUUGUUGCAAUAAUUGUAGAAAUAUUAUAAUUAAGUGUAGAUUCAGUACGAUUUUCUAUUACUUGCCCUAAGCAUACGAAUUACGAAUGCUAUACUUUAUACAACAGAUAGUACAAACUACGAUAAUUAUUUUAGAUUAACUUUGCCAUGUAUAACAUUUGCGACUUAGUUUGCUCAAGAGCCUAAUCAUAAUUAAGUAGAAGAACGCGAGUAUAGUGUGGGUACUUAAACGAUCCUGCAAUCAGAGUUUACCAAAAAAAAUAUUACUGGGUAAGAGUAUUCAAACGCAGAUUUGGAUCGAAUGAUGUACGAGUAAUAUAACUCAAACAUGAUGAAGGCAUUUUUAAAUAUAAAGCCAAUAGGGUAAUUCAUAAUUAAUGGAGUUACUUUGAAAAUUAGAAUCUGCCUGUGCAGUAAAGCAUCAGUAAGUUACUCGGGAAACUAAUGUGGUUGAUACAGAAUGGAAAUUGUAUGUUAAAAUCUGUUACAUUAAGGCAUUGCUAUCCAAAGAAUUAAAGCGGCGUCCUAUAAUUGAGCUCAGAAGCACAAACAUUGUUAUUAGAAACAAUAAUUUCAGUAUCCUGUUCAUAAUAAAUAUUUUUGCUAUUGCAAAAUAUUUCCUACCCAUCGAUGUUAAUUGAAGACUUUGUUUUUUACACACAAAAUCUUUUUAGGUAGGUUUAGAUUCACAAUAAUAAGGAGUAAUAAUCUACCUCAAUAUUUAUGAAUAUGUCUUAGUUAUUGUAGUAAAGAUAUUUUACUGUAUUUGUUUUUAGGUUAUAAAACUGACUGUCGUAGCGCCAACGAGUUAUCAAGAUCACUUAACAUAGGCCCACUGAAACUGUCUCUUGCACUUUUCUUAUUAAAUUCUAUACAUAUUUAUGAAUACUUCGUCUACGGUAAUUUUAAGUAGCAAACCACAUACACAGGUAAUGUACAAUUUGUCUAGUUAAGGAAUAAUUAAUGUGUAAUGUCCGCCUGCGUUAGAUACCAAUGAAUUUAAGAUUUUGUUUUAAGAUUUUACAAUUUCGUAGAACAAUGUUCGAUAAACCACUUUUUAUUAAUACUUAUUAAAAUGACAUAGUACUUGUGUAACACGACAAAAAAGGCUCAGUUUACAGUGGUGCCUCUGCAUUUUGUUUAACGGCAAAACAAUGUUUGUAUGUAAAAAUUUCAAUUUUUACUUUUGGAUAGAAAUAUAAUUGAAACAUUAAAUUGUAGAGUCGUAAAUAAUUUUUGAGUUAAAAAUGUAUGCUACAUACUUCAUUAUUGUAUGCACCGGGCACAGAAGUUGGAAAAUUACUUAAAAGUUUUCAGAUUACAAUUUAACAAAUUGUACAAUAAUUUUCUAGUAACUUACAUGUUAACAUUAGUUAACAUACUAUAUCAACAAAUAACAUCAAAUUAUAUGUCAUUUAUUUUUAAAUUGCAGUUGAAAAUGAUCUGUGUUCGGUGACAUGCGCAUUAGACAAGAAUUACAAUCAUGAAUUGUUCAACAUUCAGUUUAAACACUGACAUGCUUGUUAAACUUGACCUACAUUUUUCAAUAACAACUGAAAUCUUAUCUUUUCUAUAAAUAAUUAAUUAAUGAAACACUUAAAUAGUAAAUGGUAUGUAGUAAUUGUAGUCGGCAUGACAUCACGGUAGCGGCAGAUCGGUUAAUAGAUAUUAUUCACUACGGGUCUUUUUGCAUUUCAUUUUAUAUAGCAGUAGUUAUAAUAUAGUUUUAAUUUAUAAGAUUUUAAUGAAAGACUAUUUGCAAACAUCUACCUCAUAAUUUAAUUACGUUAAAUAGAGUUUAUUGAUAAGUUAAUUAACAUUUAUAAAUUCUAGCAAUUAUUAUUUCCAUAAUUAUAUCUUUGCUGAAUGCCGAAUUUCUUUCUUAGAGUUUAAAUUUUGUUUUUUAUUAUUAUUCAAAGAAAAAUAAAUCUUAAAAAA